AGCAGGAUCUUCUGGUUCAACUGCUGGACUUUGCUUAUACAGACUAGUUAUACAGUAACCCUCUAUGUUAUGGAUCAGAAAAAUACUCAGAGCCAUAAUUGUAAAUUGUUUCACCUUCAUAAUUAUAUUUUGAUGGGUCAAACAUUUUCCAGCCUUGUUCUUCAGAUUUCCCAUAAGGAGGAGGCCAUUACUUAGCCGGAGCAUCAUGGCCAAUGUUUCCAUAAGGAAAUACAAAACCAGUGACUAUGAGACUGCCCGCUUCUUGUUUGCCGAAGGAACCAAAGAGCAUCUCCCAGCAGCCUGUAUGUACACACUGACGACGCCUCGAUUUUAUUUUAUUACCUUUGUGGCAUUUACCAGUGUAUUCAUGGGCACCGGUUCCUACGUUCUGGCCCUUACCAGCCUUGUCGCCCUGUUGGCUGCUGGUUGGUAUGGCUUGUACUCUGAAUUCCAUGGGCUUGCAAGCCGGUUUCUGCGCAAGGAUAUGCUUGAUAUUGAGAAGUCCUACAUGAUGAGUGAAAAUGCCUGUUUCUGGGUGGCAGAGAUAGACGGGAAGGUUGUGGGCACAGUGGGAGCCCAACCAUCUACAGAUGCAGAUGAUGAGCUGUUGCUGCAACGUAUAUCUGUUGCCCGGGACUAUCGCCAGCUGCGAAUUGGCACAAAAUUGUGCCAGACGGUCAUUGAUUUUGCCCGGCAGCGGGGCUUCAACGCUGUGUGUCUGGAAACAGCCAAUAUACAACGUGCUGCAACAAACUUGUAUGAAAGAGUUGGCUUCAAGAAAUCCCGUGUUGAGAUCCUCCCAUCACUUGUUCAUCAAUAUACAUCUUUUACGGUUGCUUAUUACAGAUACAACAUCAAAUCAUAGCAAAUCCAGUGGUUUAUAAUGUAUGGUACACAAUCAGCUGAUCCAAAAUGGGGAGAAAUCAUAAAGUAGAGUCCUGCAAGGGUCCAGUUGGGCAGACCUGUGCCCAACCAGGACCCACUAACGCACAACCUGACCCACUAAUAAGUGCCCUGUCCCCGAUACACAACCUUAGCCGGACUACCUAAGCAUUUAACCCAAACUGGGGACAAACCGGAAGAGACAUCAUUGGUGGGUGGAAGUUGCAUCGCUCCUGAGGGGAACCAACCAGGUCAGGGGGAAAAAUGACUUUGAAGAUGGGGGGAAUGCAAUUACAAUUGGCCCACAUACCCAUGCAGGGAACCUGCAGACCACCUGUAUGUUUAGGGAAUCGGGGUCUUUCUGGUAUCCAACCCAAUGCUGGACUCUACCCUAAAGACUGGAAAAGAUGAAUCAGUUCAGAUAAUUACAGAUUAUUAUCAGGUUAUAACUAAAUGCAUUUUGGAAAGUCUUCAUGGAAGGGGUUCCACCAUAAGCCCCCUGAGAUGUUUUACUUUUAAUAUAAAAGUUAAAAGAAAAAUAAGCAGGAACCAAUUUAGUAUCGGCCGGUGUUGUCUCUGCCCACGUGAUGUCGGCUGGAAUGUAUACAAAGUGCAAAAAAGACCUUCAGGCAAAGCUGGAAAUCAUUUGUUCUUUGGAUUUUGGUCUUAACGUUUCACAAUACGUCUACUUGUGAUAUUCCAUGUGACAUUGCUUCCUGUGUCUUGCUAUUAAACAGUCUAUUAUUAAACUCA